CCCAGCCACCAGGGGGCGCUGGUGAGGAUGUUACAGGCCUAUUUGUCUGGAGGAUUAUUGUUGACAUUGGUUCACACAAGGAUGGCACCUCUUACCGACUGUCUCCAGUAAUUCAUCCAUCGGCUAUCGUUAGUUCAACACGUCCACAGAACGAUGACAUUAUCUGUCAACUGACUAGUCCAAUGUUCUCUGCCCGUCUCCUGAGUUCCCUGAUCUGGCGAAGUUCCACGCAGAACAACAUCAUGACGCAGAACAACAUCAUGACGCAGAACAUCAGCUGUGUGCAGAUGUCAUCCAAUUCUUCCGUCCUGCCUUCUGUGUGUGGCGACAUUGUUCUGGUGACAGGGGGUGCUGGUUUCCUUGGCAACCAUGUUGUCAGUCUGCUCCAACAGAGGGCGCCACAUGUACGUGAGAUCAGAGUGCUGGAUGUGAAGCCGUACUGUGAUAAACUGGGAACACCGACCACAAAACCAGUCAUCUCCACAGUGGGAAGUAUCACGGAUCUCAACACCGUCCUGGAUGCAUGCAAGGGAGUUAACUCUGUUAUCCACAUCGCAGGACUUGUGAGUUUUGGCACUUUCCCCGAUGUAAAGGGAAUGGAAGAAAUCAAUGUGGAUGGGACUGCUACGGUGAUCAAGGCAUGUCUUCAGCAGAAUGUUGAGCGGCUUCAUUUCUGUAGUACUGUAGAUGUUGUCAUCGGUUACGAUGACAUCAUAGACGGGGACGAAGACUCAACACGUCGGCCAGAGAGGUUCCUGUUUCCCGGGUACCCUGAGACCAAGUAUAAGGCGGAGACCCUGGUGUUGGCAUCCAACGGCCAGUACUCGGAGAAUGGAAACAAGUUGAGGACGCUUGCACUAAGGGCCAAUGUCAUGUACGGUGAAGGAGACCCCUACUACAUCACAGCCGGUCUACGAAGCGCCAAAUCGUCUGGUGGUUCACUGAUGCGAGUCGGCAACGGACGAGCUCUCUUUCAACAAGCGUACGCUGGAAAUACAGCAUGGGCCUUCCUGUGUGCUGACAUAGCACUCAAGUAUGACCCGAUGGUUGGAGGUCAACCAUACUUUGUGCCAGACAAUACCCCACUCCUCAACACCUUCCACUUCCUCUCCCCUUACCUUGCAUGUCGUGGGUUCACGCUGUCCAAGAUUUAUCUCCCUUAUUCCCUAGUGUAUGGGUGCAUGUGCUUUGUGGAGAUGAUCCUGCGGUGGUUGUCUCCCUUGAAGAGAAUCAACAUGUCAACCCCAGCUUGCAGCGUUCGGUAUAUCAACAUGAACCUGUAUUUCAGCAGCAAGAGAGCACGGCAGCUGCUGGGCUAUGAUCCUAUAUUUUCACCAGCGGAGGCUGAGGCCAGGUCCAUCCCAUAUUACAAGAACCUUGAACUGUAAGCAUGGUAACCAUGUUGCUUCAUGGAACAGGGAAGUCAUAAAUUGCUCACGUUUUUUCCGGACUCACAAUAUUGUUUGUUUGUUGUUUAACGCCACACUUAGCAAUAGUCCAGCUAUAUGAUGGCAGUCUGUAAAUAAAUUUAGUCUG